AUGGCAAAUGAAAGUGGGAUAAGCGUUAUUAGGAAAUUUGUAGAAUCGGAACAAAAAAAUGAAAUAUUAAAUGAUUCGAUUUUAAAUACUAUGCCAUGUUAUGACAAAUACAGGGAUAUCAAUAUAUUGUCCGAAGAAGAAGUUGAUUUAUUAAAAAAAUUUCAUGAUAUGAGCAAAAAGGAAAAAUUUGAUUAUUUCAAGGAGAAUUCUAUGAUUGUUACAGUAUUAUUUAACUGUUUAAAAAACGAUUUUAAUGCCCAUUUAAUUCAAUAUGUGCUAACAAUUUUUUAUGAAGUUAUAAGAAAUGAUGGAAGUUCUUAUAGCUAUAUAUUAAGUAUAUUGGAUAGUAAAGAAGUAUAUUCUCAUUUAAUGAAAUUAUGCACACAUAACGAUACUUAUAUAACUGAUAAAAGUUCGUUCUUAUUGUCAGGAAGCUUUUGUUAUAACAAUAAUUAUUUCACAGAUAUGGAUAUAAGAAAUUUUAUUUUAAAAAUUGAUUUUUUUAAUGUAACUGAAGAAGGCAAAUUGGAUAUAUUCAUAAAUAUACUAAAAAUAGAUGAAUAUAGAAAAGAUAUAUAUGAAUUAGAACAAUUUAUACCAAUAAUAAAUAAAAACUUAGAUAUAGCUAAUAAUAAUGCUAAUAAACAAUAUAAAUCUGUUUUUUGUGUAUGGCUACUUACAUUUAAAGAUUAUUUCAUUAAAAAAUUAUAUAAAAAUAACACCAUUUCCGUUAUUGUAAAUUUAUUUAAAAAAUGUAGAGUUGAAAAAAUAUUAAGAGUAUCCCUUAAUAUCAUUAAAAAUAUAAUUCAUAUCGAUGAUUGUUUUGAAAUUAUAGUUGAUAACAAUAUAAUACAAACAUUAACUGUUUUGCAAUAUGAUAAAUGGAGAGAUAACGACAUAUAUGAUACCUUAGUUCAGCUUUUACAUAAAUUGGAUCAGCGUGUUAAAAAUUACAGCAAUUUCGAGCGAUAUUGUCAUGAGCUCUCAAAUGGAAAAUUAAAAUGGUCUAUUUUGCACACAGAAAAAUUUUGGCUAGAAAAUGUGAUGCAAUUUGAGAAGGACGAAUUUAAAUCCAUACAGCAAUUAGCAGAUAUAAUAAAAAAAUAUGUACAUAGCAUACUACAGAAACCUCAAGGUAAUGAAACAAAAGACGAAAUUGAUAAUGUAACAGCCGCAGUUGCAUGUUUUGAUAUUGGUGAAUUUGCUAGAUUAUAUCCAAAUGGUAAAAAGAUAUGUCAGAAAUUUAAAAUAAAAGAAAAUGUAAUGUUCUUAAUUGCAACAAAGGAUAGAGAUAUUGCUAGAGAAGCGUUAUUAUGUGCUCAGAAAAUUAUGUUGAACAAUUGGCAAAGUAUUUCAAACACAAAAUAA